AGGCUUGCUCCAAUAUACUGUAGAGCUCAGUGGCGUCGCAAUCCAAGUGCACUCGAAACUGCAUUUAUUGUUAAAAAAUCUUUGAUGCGAGCUAGUUCACAGUCUUGUUCUUGGAGUCCGUUGCCGCCCGUGGACGGGAACGGACGAGUUGAGUACGUAUUGCGCACUUUGUUUGGAUUGCUUUGGAUUCACAAUCUUUGUCUGGUGUCAUCAAUAUUUGCAAUCAAAUAUUUGAAUAAAGACUCAUUCAGUUUAUGACAGUGAGAGUGUGAUUGAGCCAUGUUCCUCAGUCAGUGCCAAUUCAAACCGUAGAAUACAACGCACUCGUGAUGAUCCUGAGUUGACAUUACUCUCGAUCCGCGCAAUAAAUACCGCCUGUAAAAGUGACCGAAACAUGGACAUUGCGGGAAACGGUGUAGACGCGUUGGAUCCGCGUAUACAGAUCGAGUUGGAAAACUUGAACAAUGCAACAGACGAUAUAAAUAAAUUGGAAACUGAAUUGGAUGAAGCUCAUACUGCUUUUAGACAGCUUCUUUCUGAUACGACAAGGAGAUUGAAAGAAAUUACUGAUAAACUUGGUAUUAGUUGUAUUGAAAAAGCGAGAUGUUACUACGAAGCACUGGAGAUGGCUCGUCAAGCUCAGGUGCAAUGUCAGCAACAAGCGCAGCUGUUUCAAAGAGCCAGCGAAAUUCAUGCAGCUGCAAAAGAAACGGUUGCUUUGGCCGAAGCACGAUUUAUGUCUCAUCAGCAUGAGUGGAAUUUCGAUCAGGCAUGGCAGGAUAUGCUCAAUCAUGCUACUAUGAAAGUCAUGGAUGCUGAAAAUCAGAAAGCUGAAUGUGGUCGAGAACAUCAUAGAAGAGCGAUGCUGUUUCAUGAUGCUGAGAAGAAAUUAUUGCAAUUAGAAGAAAAGCAUCGACGUUCAAUAAUAAAAGCACGACCGUAUUUUGAGGUGAAAGCUCAAUGCGAUCAGAUGUUAGCAACGCAAAAGGAAAGAGUAGAGUAUCUGCAGCAAACCGUUAAAGAAGUUAAACGUAAUUAUGCCACAAGUCUUCGAACAUUGGAGAACAUUAGUAAUCAGAUACAUCAACAACGAAAAGAUGAUAUUGUAGCUAAUGGACCGCGAGAACCUGGUGUCGGUGCCGAACUAAUAGGUUCAGAUAUAUGUCAAAAAUAUGAGAACGAAUUUAACAAUUUCAACAGUCGUAAAAUAUCUCCAAUUAGAUACAACCAAAUUGAAAACAAUGAAAAACCACAUAAUAUCAAAGAAUUUUGUUUGACAAAGGAGAAGACGGAACACAUUGAUAAGAGGUCUGUGGAUGGCAGCGAAAGCAAGUUCACGCAAUGGGAGUUAGAAUUGCAAGCUAGUAUAGAAAAAUUAAAUCACUUAUCAAUCGGAAAUCCCUUGCUUGCCCGGAAACGAGAUGCGCAAAGUUCUUCCGAUCUACGGAGCGUCGUUGAUGUCAGCAGGGCGAAUAAUUUCUUACCCACCGAAAUAUGGCAGAGGCAACUUCAAAGAUCGAUUAAAGAUCCGAAGACUUUUGAGAAAAAUGAACUUAUCGAUAGCAGCUCUUCGCAUUUGCAAAGAUCAUACUCGAUGAUUAAUUCGAUGCUAACAUUACAAGGUGCAUCGAUAUUCGCUUCAACAAGCAAUACUACAAAAUCGCUAAAUAAUAGUCCAGUAAAUAGAAGUACAUCGAAUUUCGAGAAUAGGAAUAUUGAGAAAGCAGGAAGCGCAGAUAUGUUGAAAUAUGUGCCAAAUAGAAUUUGUCAACUCGACAUUAAGAACAAGAAAGCACAGAGCAGCUGGAAUAUUAACGAUUAUUCUAAUCACCUUGAUGUUACGAGUGAAGAACAAGAAAAAAAUAAAUGUAGUAAUAUAAACGAUAGUUUAGUCAAUACAAGUCAUGUACAAUCUACGAAUUUAUCUACGAUGACAGAUUCUUUCAAUAUCAAGUUCCUGCCUGCAGAGCCUAAUUUAUCAGAAGGACAUCAUCCUUUUGAUUCAGAGAAUCAUUCUCUAACGUUUCCUGGCAUUAGCCAACAUCUUAUGAGCUCACAAAACGAUAUUACACGAUUGCAAGCACAAUUUAGCUCUAAUACUUUACAAAAGAAUACAUCGUGCAGUGCCAAUUCCAGUCCGGUGAAGCUAAAGAAUCCAUUAAUAUCGUCUGCUAAAUCCUCGAAUAGCGAGAAUAUGGGACGGUUCAUCGAAGAAUCUAUCCCUAAACAUUUUGCUAGAAAAACUAAAGAGUUACCGUUACUAUCGCUUUUCGGACCAACAUUCGCGUUGUCGGCGAUCAAAGGCAAAAGUUGCAGCAUGAUCGAUUUGGAUGAUAAACAAAAUCUAAAGACGUUACUUGAUAAUUCUCAUCUAGGCAAUAUACAAGCGAUUAGCGCGGAAAGAUUGGCGAACGUCAGACCCAAAUUGGUAAACAAUUAUCCAGAGACGAAGAAGACGGACGAUAUUAAGAAAUAAGUACAAUACAAUAAGAUAGAUUAUUUGUGAUAAGCAAUUUCUGCGUCUAACAUGUAAGUAGAGAAUUGUUAAUUAUUUGUGAAUUUUAGAAUUUAUUCGUUUUAUGUACAUACAAUAAAACUGCAAAAGCGAUAAUGUUGCAAUUUAAAUGACGUAUUCUUACGUUUUCAUUUAUGAAAGUCGUUUUUUCAGCUUUAUCGAUUUCGCUAUCGAUUGUGCAACAGUCGAUUUUUAAGUGCGCUGUUAAGUUAAUUUAUAAUAUAUGUAUUAUAUCAAUCAUCACGAAUUAGCUAGAUAUUGAUAUUACUUAUAUCAAUAAUAAACUUAAUCGAUAAAAAAGCGAUUAAAGUUUGAAAGUAAUUAUUAAAGAGAAGUCUGACAAUACAAAUUAAUAAAAUAAAUCUACGCGAUUAUUUGCAAUUAGACAUACAUGCUAUUAAAAAUCGACCAGAUCAAUGUAUGAUUCGUAUUGUUUUCCAAUUUUUUAACAUGUGCU